AUGGUGCUCUCGGGAGCUGAGCGUAUGAAGCGUUUACGAGAGAAACAAAAGACUACAGGUCAGCAUGAUUCAAUUAAAGAGAAAGACCGUAAAAGAAAGCAAGUUUUUCGUUCGAAAUUGACACCACAGGCUAUGGCUUUAUUUCGAUUAAAACAAAAUGCAAAUGCUCAAAAAUUUCGCGAGAAGAAAAAGAAAAAACGGACACUGAAACGACUUUCAACUACUUCUUUUGCUAACAAACAAGUAAAAUCGAAAGCUCGCAAGAAAUUAGAAUCUUCUCUGCCUGCGGCCAUUGACAAGCAAAUUGAACUAGUAACUGAUUUAGCUCGAAGUCUUGGUAUUAUUAAAAAAAAAGAAAUGAUUUCACGUCCUUCAAAAGCUUUGUCGUCACAGGUUACCGACCAAAUUACCGAGUUUUUCUGUCGUGAUGAUGUCAGUUAUCAAGCUCCUGGCAAAAGAGACACUGUAUUAGUGAAUAUCGAUGGAGUUAAACAAAAAUUACAAAAACGUUAUUUACCUUACACGCUGCGAGAAGCGCAUCAAUUAUUUGUUGAAGAAAACCAGCAAGUUCAAAUCAGUCGCUCCAAAUUCAAAGAUUUACGCCCUCAGAACGUUGUUUACAAAUCCUCAACUCCACAUCAAGUGUGUGUUUGUUUAUAUCAUGAAAAUGUAAAUCUUUUGCUAGUAACCUUGACAGAUCAAAUUCAUGGUCAUGCUAAAUUAGAACUGCGUUUGUUUGUUGAUCUUAUGGUUUGUGAUCCAGAGAAUGAAAAUUGUGUGUUCAGAAAUUGUGAUGGGUGUAAAUUGCAGUUUAAAAAAGAAAUUACGCGAAACAUUGUUGAUAAAACACGUGUGAUUGGUUGGACUCAAUGGAUAACGAAUGAUGACGGGCGUGCAGUCAAAAUGGACUUUCGUGGUACCGUUCGUGAAUGUGUUUUGGUUUUGAAAAAUAAAGUUCAACAUUUUCUGUUUCACGUUUUUGUAAAACGUCAACAAGCUACUUAUUUUGAAAGUAUUAAACGAAAUGUGUCAGAUAGCUAUUGUCUACUUCAAGUCGAUUAUGCUGAAAACUUUUCAAUGGUCGAGCAAAAUGAAAUUCAAAACGCUCACUGGUCAAAAAAACAACUAUCGUUGUUUACAGCACACGUUUGGGCACAGUCUGGUAAUCAUUCUAUGGUAGUUGUGUCCGACGACCCUUCGCACAAUAAAUUUACAGUUGCAAAGUGUCUCGAACAUGUAUUUACAAUUUUACAAGAUGUACUUCCAAAUUUGCAAGAACUAGUUAUCUUUAGUGACGUUAAACGUUUAGUUUAUGAAGAUGUCAUGAUAGGUAAAAGCUGUAAAAGUGCCGGAGACUUUAUGCGUCUAAUCGAAGCAAAAAAUACGCCAGUUAUUAUUAGUGAGCUAUUGCCAACUGAAAUUGAAACAGUCGAAAUUGAGUUGAAAGAACUUUUUCGAAAAGUUAAACCAGUGCGUCAAAUUCAAAAAGUUCUCAGUAUGACUGUUUAUGAUGUCGAUAAAAUUAAAGUUAAAGUCUAUUCCGAAAGUGGCCAGUCCACCACAGUGUAUUUUUGA